AUGAUUAAGAAUGAUUAUGGCACUUGGGUGGAGGAUGAAAAUCAAGUGAGGCAGUUGUUCAUUAAUAAUUAUAAGCAGUUGUUUGCAUUGAAUGAUACCAGAAUGCAGUGGGUGCAGACUGAAUAUUCGUUUCUUCAACUUGAUAUAGAGAUAAAUGGAAAACUUAGGAAACAAUUAAUCGACGAGGAGGUCAAGCAUGUGUUGUUCUGCAAGAACCCCUGGAAAACCCCUAGUCCGGAUGGGUUUCAUGCAAGUUUAUUUCAAAGGGCCUGGUCAAUUGUUAGCACUAGUGUUUUUAAUUUUAUCCAAAAAGUUUGGAAGAAUCCCAGUGAAAUUUCAACUAUCAAUCAAACUGAUAUAUGCUUGAUCCCGAAAUGA